UUUUGAUGUUUUAAUCAGCUGACUGUUGUUUUAUUGGUGAGUUUCGGUUAGGAGGUGUGGCCUAAGUUUAACCUCUUUGUGAUAAACUGGGAACUGUGGUGUGUUAUUUACUGAUUUGGACACGGUGCUGAACUGGAGGCUUCUAGGAGUUUCUGUCACUGCUUUAUAACAUCAGCCUUAAGUUUCAGUUCAAAACUAAAGAAAAAUAAAUCCAGAGUAGAAAACUGGACCAGUGCAGAUAUUAAACUGGACCAGUGCAGAUAUGAAACCGGACCAGUACAGAUAUUAAACUGGACCAGUGCAGAUAUUAAACUGGACCAGUGCAGAUAUUAAACCGGACCAGUGCAGAUAUUAAACUGGACCAGUGCAGAUAGAUAUUAAACUGGACCAGUGCAGAUAUGAAACCGGACCAGUGCAGAUAUUAAACUGGACCAGUGCAGAUAUGAAACCGGGCCACUCUGAAGCCCUCCGUGAUGUUUCCAGAGCAGCUUCGAACGAAGACUCAAACUCGCGUGUCCGAUUCACUGAUUCAGUGUCGGUUGAGGAGUCGGAUCAGUGGAGUGAUUGAGUGUGAGAGCGAGCGCGCGCUGAGCAGUGCGGCGGGAGGAGCGGGCUUUAAACGGUUCUGAUGGAGUUUCGGUUCGGUUCAGGUUGAGCGGAUUAGAGCAGGAUCCGGGGAUUUUAUUCACUGCGGAAAGAAACUGAGGAAAGAAUGAACAGACUUUCAGCAGUGAAAGUGAGAAGUGCGGAGGGGAAGAAGAGCGACUCCAAACACCGGCACAGUGCCGUUCUCCUGGGUGAGGAUGAGGAGCAGGAUAAAGGAGCGAUGAAGAGGCUCAGCACCAUGUGGGUUGCUGUCAGGGGCAAAAUGAGCCGAGACAGAGGUGUGAAGGAGCCGGACUCCCCCCUGAGCCCAGACCCGGUUCCGGUGGAUGAACAGCCGAGAGAAUCGCGAUACGCCAGCGGACAGUUUUUCUUCGAGUACUUGGUGGUGGUGAGCCUUAAAAAAAACAAAACCGGCGCAUACGAGCCCCAGAUAUCCUACCAGUUCCCCAAGAGGGAUGGUAUGGUGCGUUUUCAGAAGGAGGAAGAGGAGAAGACGCUGAAGGCCAUCACACUGUUCUGUUUCCCAGAAGGCAUUAACUGGGCUCCACUGACGGAAUAUUCCAGUGAGACGUUUUCCUUCGUCCUGACUGAGGUGGACGGCAGCAGGAGGAACGGUUACUGCCGCAGGCUGCUGCCUCAUGGUAAUGGCGCUCGUCCCCCAGAGGCGUACUGCAUCAUCAGUAAAGUGGCUUGUUUCGGUCUUUUCUCAAAGAUCUUUGACGAGGUGGAGAAGCGGCGUCAGAUCUCCAUGGCGAUGAUCUACCCGUUCAUGCAGAGUCUGCGUGAGGCUCCGUUCCCCGCUCCAGGAAACACCGUGCAGAUCAAGAGCUUCAUCCCCGACUCCGGCACUGAGAUCAUCAGUCUGACACGUCCCACUGACUCGUGGCUGGAGCACGUGGAUUUCCGCACGCUGUUUCAGUGUUUAUCGGAUGAAGAAGUGCUGCAGGUUUUCGCUGCGACAGUAUUGGAGCGCAGAAUCAUCUUCAUCGCUGAGGAGCUGGGGACGUUAUCUCAGGUGAUCCAUGCCGUCUCCGUCCUCCUCCAUCCCUUCAUCUGGCAGCACACGCUCAUCUCCAUCGUGCCUCAGAUCCUGAUUGACGUCGUCAUGGCGCCCACGCCGUACCUGCUGGGGGUUCAGAAGCGGCUGGCUGAUGAGUGCCUCGAUCAGGGCGAUCUGCUGGCUGUUGAUUUAUCGGAGGGUCGAAAGGAAACAUUCAUCAGACAAGUCGGAGACGAGGACUCGAUUCUGCCCCCCAAGCUGAAGGAGGAAAUCCUGCAGGCUCUGAGGAGUCGGAGUGAGAAAUCCAGUCUGGAGGAACUGAACCAUAUCGUCCCUGAAGCCUUCCUGCCGUUCUUCAUCAAAACUGUCGGCCAUUUUUCCAAACACGUGGUGAGAAACGGACCUGACACUGCGGCGACCUUCGCCAAGAGGAGAUUCUGUAAAGCCAUUGAGUCCAAAAGCACACGACGUUUCGUCAAGAAGUUCGUUCAGACGCAGAUGUUUGACCUGUUCAUCCAGGAAGUGGAGCAGAGACCCGCGUCCCAGAAAGGUUUUUUUGAGCAGAAGAUCUCUGAGUAUCACAGGAAGAUGCAAGAGAAAGUGAAGAAACACUAGAACUUUAUAGACGUGUAAAAUAUUCAGGAACUGGAUGCUAAAUAAUUAUUCAGAAUGUAGAUAGAAAAUAAUUAUUUAUCUUAUAGUUUUAUUGUAAAUUGGGGAGUGUGUGUAUAAUGGACUGUGUGAGAUUUACUUUUUAGAUUUUAAUUUUUUUUUAAUUGUUAGCAUGUGGUUUUUAAAAACUGAGCCAGAAUUUAAAUAAAAACUUUUUUCUUUGAAA